AUGGAUUCGGAGCUCACCCGACCGUCGGAGCUCGACGAGUCGCAGUCGUCGAAGCUGUCCAGCGUCAACCCCAGCGACAUGGACAACGGUGGCGGCAGCAGCAGCGACAGCGACAGCUCCGACGAUGGCGCAUCCGAGGCGGCGCCCCAGGUCGAGUGGCUCGCCACGGGUCGCCAGCGUCGUUCCACGGCUGGCAACCGUAUGAAGUCGAUGCUUGCCAACGAAGAACCGGACUCCGAUCUCGAGCUGCUCUUUGCCGAAGACGAAAACGAUCAAGGCUUCUCUGACGCCGGGGACCAUGCCUCCGACGUGCAGAUGGACUCUUCUUCCGACGACGAUGACAACCACGACGACGACGAGCUCGAGGGCGAGAAGGAGCUCGAUCGACAGGCCAAGGAGCGUCGCACCGCGCAGCGCAAGCGCAAGGCACAGGAAGCGAUCCCAGCCAAAUUUCGCAAAAAAGUGCGCAUCGAUACGAGCAAUUCGACACCGCGUUCCUCUGUCGCCCCUUCCACGCCGCAAACGAGCCAGGCGCCCCGACCAAAGAAAAAAUCCGAGCGCGCAUCAUGGCUGCCCUCGGUCACCGACCUGCCCACGCGUGCCUCGUCGCGCCAGACGACGCGGCUCUCCAAGGAACAGCUGCACGCGCAGAUGGAAGAGCGCGAGGCCAAGCGUCUGAAGCAGCUGGCGCAAAUGCAGAAGAAGGCAGCGCGCCUCGAAGCCCUCAAGAAACCGCCCAUGACGCAAGAGGACCGGCUGCGAGAAGCCGCCCUUGUCGAGGAGCGCAACAGCAAGAGCCUUAACCGAUGGGAAGAGGCCGAGAAGCAGCGUGAAGAGGAGCGCCGAGCCAAGCUCGCGGCACUCCACGAGCGUACGCUCAGCGGGCCUGUGAUUUCGUUUUGGAGCGGCCUGGGCCGAUUUGGCGAUGGCUGGCGCAAGGGCGAGGGCAUUCACGUGGCAAUCGAGGAGAAGCCGAAAAAGGCCAAGAAAGAAAAGGCGACAAAAGAAAAGGGCAAGAAAAAGGAUGAGAUCAAGGACAAUGUGAAAGAAGAGAACGCGGGUGAGACGAAAACUACGGAUGCGCAGGCCCCGAGCACAGCAAACCCCCGGUCUACAGAACAUGGCCAAGCGACGGACACAACACAGAGUAGCGUGAACGCCGACAAGAGCAACGAAGUUCCGAAAGAGAAGGGCGAAGCAGAUGCCGCAUCUAAAGACACUGCCGUGAUUGAUGCACCGGACGCACAACCGCAAGAAACUACAGCAUCAGCAGCAUCAGCAGCACCAGCAACACACAAAGCUGCAGGAGCCGAAACAUCGCACGUUGCAGGCAAAGAUGGGACUGUGGACGUUUCUAUGACAGAUGUGCCGACAAUAGAGGGCGCGGAAAAGACAAAUGCCAUGGAGGCUGGAGGCCAAGAUGAUACCACGAAUCUCAAGUCAACGGAAACAGACACUGUGUCAAAAUCGCAGUCCGCCGAACCCGUCGAAGCUCCUGCCAAAGAGUCCGACACGAAAGCACCCACGCCGUCUGCGCCGUCUACGGAGACGACAUCUGGCUCAAUGGGAUCAGCAGCACAGGUACCAGCUACUGCAGAGGCGCCAAAGGGCUCUGUCCCCCCUCAAGCUACCACUAAAGAGACUCAACCGCAGCCAGCUUCCAAUGCGGAACCAACAAAUGGUAUCCGCGCCGGCCCAGACUUCGGUGCUGUGCCGGUCACAGACGGAGAAUCUCUCAAGGCAACCCCUUUGCAGCCAAUUGAGAAUGGCUCUCUGCCUGCAAGCAAGGUAGUCAGUCGAAUUCAGUCUGAAGCCGCGACCCCGCAGCCAGAACAGGCGCGCUCGCCAUUGGACGGACUCCCAACAACUCGCGAUGCCAUCAUCUAUCAAAACUUUGACGAAAAUGCCAUCAAAGACAGGAGUGUGCAAACGCAAGUUCUCUUUGGUCGCAAGAUGAGCCGCUUGCCAAAACCUACACCUCCGCCCAUGUGUCUAAUCACUAACAACGCGGCGCGGUAUCGUGACCCAAAAACCGACCUUCACUUCUACAGCGCCGCUGCUUUCAAGGAACUCCAGCGUGUAGCCUCGGGUGAAUAUCGCUGGAGCAAACUGCUUGGCGCCUGGGCUGGCAGCGGCACGUAUGCGGCUCGAGGCGUUCCUGAGAGAUUCCUCAACCCUGCCAGAUGCCCAACGCUGGAGGAAGUGCAACGCAUCGAACGUAAAAAGGAGGAAAAGGAGGAGCUCAAGCUCCAGCAAGCAGAGGACGAAAAGAAGGCCAAAGAGAAGAAGCCAGCUGCAGCCAAGAAGACUGGUGACAGCGAUGCUCCAGCCCCGGCCAGUGGUGAUAAGGUAACGACGGAAGAAAAAGAUUCCAUCAGUGUCAAAGCGGAGGACGCCAGUGGCGCCAAGACGGAAGCGCCGCCGGUGACUGCAUGA